AUGCAUCAGUCGUUGCCCGACGCUGCCUACGUUGCUCCCCGAAUCAACGUGAACCGCGCCCAACUGCAAGCCGUGGACAACUUCACUUACUUGGGCAGCACCCUCUUUCUCAAAAUCAAAAUCGGCGAUGAAGUGACCCGCCUCGACACACCUAGCACAUCCUGCACCCAUGCACCGCCGCCCACUGCGCCCACCACCGGCAGUUCCACCACGGCCACCAUCACCUAA